AACAACAAUAAUUUUCACAAACAAAACACACAUACACACACACACACUAUAUUUAUAUAUAUAUAUAUAGAGAGAGAGACAGAGACAGAGACAGAGAGAUGGCUGCAUGGGUUCGAGUCUUGCUGCUGUUUACAUGCUUGCUGCCGGGGAUGGUGGAGUCCGACCUCCGUCGUUAUAAGUUCAAUGUGGUGAUGAGGAACAAAUCAAGAUUGUGCUCGAGCAAGCCAGUAGUGACUGUGAAUGGGCGGUUCCCGGGUCCUAACAUUUACGCUAGGGAAGACGACACUCUGCUCAUCAAAGUCGUCAACCAUGUCAACUACAAUAUCAGCAUCCACUGGCAUGGGAUAAAGCAACUUGGGACAGGUUGGGCAGAUGGACCGGCGUACAUUACACAAUGCCCAAUUCAACCCGGGCAAAGCUACGUGUACAAUUUCACAGUAAACGGGCAGAGGGGCACUUUUCUUUGGCACGCACACAUCCUUUGGCUGAGAGCAACAGUUCACGGCGCCAUCGUCGUCCUGCCCAAGCCCGGCGUUCCUUACCCCUUCCCCAAACCACAUCAAGAGGCCGUCUUCAUAUUAGGUGAAUGGUGGAAAUCAGAUGUUGAAGAUGUGAUAAAUGAGGCCAUGGAUUUGGGGGUGGCACCUAAUGUUUCAGAUGCGCACACAAUCAACGGCCAUCCUGGACCCAUCUCCAGUUGUGUUGGACAAGGAGGGUUCGAUCUGGGUGUGAUGCCCGGGAAAACAUACCUGCUGAGAGUCAUCAACGCUGCACUAAACGAAGAGCUAUUCUUCAAAAUCGCGGGGCAUAAGCUGCGCGUGGUGGAGAUUGAUGCCGCCUAUGUCAAGCCUUUCGACACCGACACCCUUCUGAUAGCUCCCGGCCAAACCACCAACGCCCUUCUCACCGCUGAUCUCCCCAUUGGCAGGUACCAAGUUGUGGCCUCCCCAUUCAUGGACUCCCCCAUCGACAUCGACAACAGAACCGCCACCGCCACCUUGCACUACACAGGCACCCUCCCUUCCACUCCGGCGGUCCUCACUGAUCCGCCCUCGCGCAACGCCACCGCGACAGCCACCAAAUUCGCACACUCCCUCCGCAGCCUGAACUCCGCCGAGUACCCAUGCAGAGUCCCCCGCGAAGUCGACCAUCACUUGCUUUUUGCCAUAGGCCUCGGCCUCAACCGCUGCAGCACCUGCGCCAACGGAUACCGUGUCGUCGCAGACAUAAACAACGUGACGUUCGCCAUGCCCAGCGUCUCCCUCCUCAACGCGCACUUCUUCAACAUCCCCGGAGUCUUCACCGACGAUUUUCCGGGCGACCCGCCUACCCCUUAUGAUUACACGGCGAGACGGGUGGUGAACAUGGGGACGACGACGGGGACGAGGUUGUAUAGAGUGAGGUAUAAUGCUAGCGUACAGGUGGUGUUGCAAGGGACGGGGAUGAUAUUCCCUGAGAACCAUCCGAUUCAUUUGCAUGGUUUCAAUUUCUUUGCGGUGGGAAAGGGAUUGGGGAACUUCGAUUCGGAGAAGGAUACCCGCAGCUUCAAUCUUGAUGAUCCUGUGGAGAGGAACACCAUAGUGGUGCCAUCUGGAGGAUGGGUUGCUAUUCGAUUCAUAGCUGAUAAUCCAGGGGUGUGGUUUUUGCACUGCCACUUAGAAGUACACACUUCAUGGGGACUCAAGAUGGCAUUUAUUGUGGAAAAUGGGAAAGGCCCCAACCAAUCUCUUCUACCACCUCCCAAUGAUUUGCCAAAAUGCUGAAUUUUCACAUCUUAUCUCUCUCUCUCUCUCUCUCUAAAUAUAUAUAUAUGUACGUAUAUAUUAGGGUUCUUGUUAGAGUAUAUUGCUUCAACUGCGGAUGAGAGAAGUGGUAUUUCUGGAGCCCAAUAUAGAACCGGGUCAAACCGGGCCGAAGGAACCAAAGAUGUGCAAAGUUGGCCCAAUUGAUCAUACUUGGAUUGGAGUCUAGAGAGGUAUUUUUGUGUAUUUUACUGUGCAAAACUUACUUGUGUGGAAGUAUUUUCUUUAUUGUUAUGUUUGGAGUGACAGAUUUGGAUUGAAGGAUGUUAAGUCAAUAAAUUAAAUUUAUACCUUGUGACAUGUGAUGCAUUUGAAAUUUAUUUAAGAUGAA